AAGGGGCCCAUAGUGUCAAACUCAUGCACAAUGAACAGCACAAACAAGCAUUAAUACUGAAAGCAGUUUUUCAGCCGUUGGACCUGAGCAACACAUAUCUGCAUCCUAAUUACACUUGAUAUGAAGGAAAAAACACAGAGAAAUGGACUGCAAACUGUUGUUGUGCGGGAGUUUGAGGCGGCAGACAAACCAGAGAUACAGCGGAUCUUUUCUGAAGGGCUGAUGGAAAUGGUAGCAGACACCGCCUUCAGAGGCUUGAGACAUCAUCCUGAGAGUCUCCUGCUCUAUGGCGCUGUGACAGUUGCAUGUUUUGCCAUCACCAUGUGUUGGUGGAUGAUAGGACUCCUCCCUAUAGUUGUGCUGUGUGGACGCUACUUCUGCAGCAGACGUGUGAUCCAUGGUUACCUGGAGCAGGCCAUGAGCAGAGACAUGGGAGACAUGGAAGGGUUUUACAAGAAAUUCCCAGACUCCUGUCUGUGGGUAGCAGUGCUGGACAACAAAGUGGUGGGAGUCGUAGCAGCACUCGGCCGGCAGAAGUCAGGUGUUGUCGAGUUGCAUCGGAUGUCUGUCGAGCGGACCUGUCGGCGGUGUGGAGUCGGUGUGGCGCUGGGACAGAAGGUUCUGGAGUUUGCCGUCACUCACGGAUACUCCUCUGUUGUGUUGGGAACCACAGCGUACAUGCCCGCCGCCCACAAACUCUACCAGCGUCUGGGUUUUCGCUGUGUGGGGGUCACAAACGGGUACGUCACACCUGGUGCGAGACGGUCCUUAAUGGAAAAAGUGUUCUUCAGGGUCUGCCAUCAUCACUACAGCCUCAACGUGCAAAAUGGCAAGAUCGCUUCAUGUGGACAACACUGACUUGGUUGGAGUGCAGACAACAAAACUCAAGUGUAUCUUUAGGACCCCUACCUCAUGUGUAGCAAGGGGUACAAA